AUGAAGGGGCUUCUCCAUCUCCUUGUUGCGAGCUUGGCUCGACGAGAAUCACCUCAGGAGCACAGUCAUCACCGGUACAUUGUCAAAGUCAAACAGAUGCUCGAUUUAAAUAACACCAUUGGCGUCGCCGAUCCCGUGUUCGGGCUGUUGACCAACGACGUGGCCUCGACCGGCAUGGGUCAGAUCACAGAUCCUAACUGUCUACAGCUCGCCAUUGCCGACUCAGCCUUUAGCAACAGUAAACGGAACAAUGAUCUCGAGGGACUUGUUGCGUCUUUGAUUUACAGGGCACUCGAACGGAAUACAGCCGCCGUCGGGCUCGCAUCGGAGCCAUGCAAAAGCUAUGUCCCUGUCAACAAGGAACUUGAAACCUUUAAGCAACACCAGGAUCCGGCAGCACCUGGGGCACAAGCGAACAACAAGGCGACUGUCCUCGAGCUUGCCCGGCAGAUCAUGCUCCUCGGUGGUGAACCUACAGAUGCACUAUACUCUGGCACAUUCACCGCCGCGGAUCUUAAUGGUCCUGCUGCUGGGAACUCAUGUAACAGCAACGACUGUAUCUUUGAAAACAAUCUGCUCAUCAGAGACGCAAGCAUGGCGGAGAUUUAUGACUAUGUGGGCAAUUGUAUGGAAACUGUGACUUCGACCGUUGGAAUCAAUGGAAGUACACCCCCAACAGGCAUAAACACUGUACAAACCGUCACCCGAACGGUCACAGGCACUGCAACUCAAGCACGAACUGUUACGACGUCGGUGCCGAACCCUACGUUUUCGUCAGUAUCAUCUUCAGCAAGAGCAUCACAGUCGUCGUCUGCCAGCUCAGCCACACAGCAGCAACAAUCCUCACAACAACAGCAGCCAACAACUAGUACACCGACAGCCUCUCAACCUCAGGCUACGCAAGAUAGCAGUACGAACUAUCAGAAAUUCACUGGGCAACUCUUUGGCAUCGGUGCGCCCGCUGUCACACUUGAUUCCAGCGGCAUCUAUCGCGUCGACGGCGUUUCUGCACCCUUUCCUGAUCUCAAAACUGCGAUUGGACGGAGCUGUAGCAUCCAGAAAAACGCGUGCGCGAAUGCAGCCAACCAGCAGAAACAGGACGUAUCUCAAUGUGAUGCUCAAGAGAGGCAAUGUAACGCAUAA